GCUGCUCCAGCCACCCAGAGAAUCCCCCGCCGCCCCGCCCUCUCCUCCCUGUGCCGCAAGCAGCAGGCGCACCUCGCAAACGGAGGGCGCCCUUACUCCCAGCAAAUGGGCGAUAGAAAACCGAUCGGUGCCUAUGCCAUUCCCAAUAUGCGCUGGCAUGAUGUCGGGGCAGCAUGAGUACGAGCAUUUUUUUUUUUUUUGCCGAUGCCCGUGAUGCCGCCCCCCACCACGAUGCCGCCCCGGGCAACCGCCCGUGUCGCCCGUAUCUAGAACCGCUACUGACUGUAUUCUCCAUAUUUCAGCUUUUUCUCUCAAAAUAAUCCAUUAAAUAUAUUUUUCUUAAUCUGGCCCUGAUACUCCGUCGUACAUGUUACCAGAUGCACAAAGGGGAACUAAAUGUAACUCUUGUCGUCUGCCGGAACUUCAUCGCAUAACACCAGGCGGAAGUAAACAAAGGCAAAGGGGCCAUUACGUGUGUGGAGCGGACAGAAUUCGGUUGUUGUGUGUGAGCCGAGUGUGUGAGCCGAGUGUGUGAGCAGAGUGUGUGAGCUGUGGCAGUAACAAUGCCUUCAGUUCAGUCUCUGAGAGAGUUUAUCAACGAGCGACUAACUGCUGCUGCUGAACAAAUAUUCUUGGAGUUUGAAAAAACGAUCGUCCAGUACGAGGAAGAGAUCGACCGUCAGCGCAGACUGCUGGAUAUCACCUGGAAACCCCAAAUCAAGCUGCACAGGACAGAUGUCCCACAGCAGCAUGUCAUUAAGGAGGAGAGGUUGUCAUGGAGGAGCAGCUCUGUAACCAGGAGAGGAGUUCCAGUCUGAACCAGGAGGUACCUCAACCUCCACAGAUUAAAGAGGAACAGGAGGAACUGUGCAGCAGUCAGGAGGGAGAGCAGCUUAUAUUGAAGGAAGAGAUUAAUACCCUUAUAGUGACUACUGAUUAUGAAGAAAAUGACCACAGUGAACCAGAACCAGAUGGGGACCAGCUCCUCUCUCACAGCAUUGCUGUAGCUGCGAGCCAGGAUCAGGGAGAAAACAAGAGUGCAGAUUCAGAACCAGCCGGAUGUAGAAACAAAAGCAACAACAAUGAAGAAGAACCCACUAUGUCAGGAAGUCAGUGUAACGCUAAUAAAAGUAGAGAGACUUUAAAAUGUGAUGUAUGUGGAAAAGCCUUUAAGUAUAAUUAUUUAAUGAAGAGACAUAAUACAAUCCACACAGGUGAGAGGCCAUUCUCUUGCAAGUUGUGUGGGAAAAUGUUCAGAAGUCAUAGUUCUUUGGGGAAGCACAUUAGAGCUCACAAAGGUGAGAAGCCAUAUCCUUGUAAAACGUGUGGGAAAAUGUUUGCUUACAGUAGUGAUUUAUCGAAACACACAAGAAUGCACACUGGUGAGAAGCCAUAUCCUUGUAAAACAUGUGGGAAAAUGUUUGGAUAUAGUAGUUCUUUAUUGAAGCACAUGAGAAUUCAUACAGGUGUUAAGCCAUAUCAUUGUAAAACAUGUGGGAAGACCUUCAGACGUAACUGUCAUUUAACAGAGCACAUUAGAACGCACACAGGUGAGAAACCAUAUCGCUGUAAAGCAUGUGGGAAAAGGUUCAUAUCUAGUACUCAUUUGUUGCGCCACAUGAGAACGCACACUGAUAGUUGUACUGUGGCAGUAACAAUGCCUUCAGUUCAGUCUCUGAGAGAGUUUAUCAACGAGCGACUAACUGCUGCUGCUGAACAAAUAUUCUUGGAGUUUGAAAAAACGAUCGUCCAGUACGAGGAAGAGAUCGACCGUCAGCGCAGACUGCUGGAUAUCACCUGGAAACCCCAAAUCAAGCUGCACAGGACAGAUGUCCCACAGCAACAUGUUCUUAAGAAGGAGGAGGUACCGACUAAGCAGCAGGUCUGUAAUCAGGAGAACAACUCCAGUCUGGAACAGGGGGAACCAGAAUCUCCACAGAUUAAGGAGGAACCGGAGGAACUCUCCAGCAGUCAGGAGGGAGAGCAGCUUGUACUGAAGGAGGAGACGGAUACCUUUAUGGUGACUGCUACUUGUGACAAAAGUGACCAAAACGAAACAGAUGGGCAGCAGCUCCUGUUUCUUAGCUCUGCUGUAGCUGAGAACCAAGAUCAGAGACGAAGCGAGAAACUCGAUUCAGAAUCAAUUCGAUUUACGAACAAAAGUCACAAGAAUGAAGAAGACUCGACAGCAUCAGGGAGUAGGUGUAACUCUGAUAAAAGUAAAAAGUAUUUAAAAUGUGAUGUUUGUGGAAAGGUAUUCCGGUAUAAUUAUGAAAUGACAAGACAUUAUAGAAUCCACACAGGCGAGAAACCGUUUUCAUGCACUAUUUGUGGUAAAGGUUUCGUAUGUACUGGCUCUUUGGCAAAGCACAGAAGAGCUCACACAGGUGAGAAGCCUUAUCCUUGUACAACAUGUGGGAAAAUGUUUGCUUAUAACAGUGAUUUACUGAAGCACCUGAAGACGCACACUGGUGAGAAACCAUAUCAUUGUAAAACAUGUGGGAAAAUGUUUGGCUACAAUAGUUCUUUGUUGAAACACAUGGGAAUUCACACAGGCGUGAAACCACAUCAUUGUAAAACGUGUGGGAAAAUGUUUGCUUCUAAUAGUGAUUUAGUGAAACACACCAGAAUGCACACUGGUGAGAGACCAUAUCACUGUAAAACAUGUGGGAAAGUAUUUGGAUAUAGUAGUUCCUUAUUGAAACACAUGAGAAUGCAUACAGGUGUUAAACCAUAUCAUUGUAAAACAUGUGGGAAAUCGUUCAGCACUAACUCUAUGUUGACAGAGCACAUAAGAACACACACAGGCGAGAAACCAUAUGGAUGUAAAACAUGUGGGAAAAUGUUUAACUCUAGAUCUCAUUUGUUGCGCCACAUGAAAACUCACGCUAAGCAGUGCGCUAUCGAUACAAGAUUAUUGGCUCAGUGAGCUGCAUUGAGCUAAAAGUCAGAGGUUUGUGUCACAAAAUUUGCUUUUUUAAGUCUGGCUUUAAUUGCCCUGUUCAGGAAUGAAUAAUUGAAAGAGGUAUGAAUAUAAAUAUUGAUUUAAAGGUCAUGGUAACUUACACUGAACACAUAACUUGUUAAAAAGCAGGUAAAGUUGAGAGGUUUAACUGGAAUGUGCAUGUAUUCAUUUAGUAUGCAGAAAACGUAGAAGUGUUGUUAUACUUGAUUCUAAUCUGCUGCUAAAUCUUUUGCACUAAUUUAAUUUUAGCUAUUAGAAGAUGGAUCACAAAAACAAUACAAUGAAUUUAGUUUGGAACAAAGUAAAGAAAAUAUUUUCUUAGGCUUUGGAACUAUAAGCUUUAACGUUUAAAUGGGUCCAGUUUAAAGUAUCAGAGCUCUAGAGAGAGCCAAGCGCACACUCUUUUGUCAUACUUUCAGCAAGUGUUUUAUUGGUAUAUUUUUUUUAUGUUCUCUAUAAAUUUUUAAUCAUUUUAUCGUCAUCUGAUAAUGUCUGCGUUUAUUCUGACUGGAAUUUUAGUUUUGUUAAUUCAGUUUAUAUAAAGGAAGUCUGGCUGUGUUAAUCUCCAUUGAUAGUAUAUGCUUUCUUUUUCUGAGGAGGGGGGGGUGGGGGGUUGCUCUGUUUCGGCAAACUGAAAUCUAGGAGCUGUUUCUAUGUUUUUCCAUCUACAGCUUAAACAUGAUGCUGUCCACUGUGGUGAUGAUGUGGCUGCCAACCAGUUACACUUUCACCUGUGGUCAAUAUAAUCACUAUUUAGAACAACAUCCAUGUCUUUGGACUGUGGGAGGAAGCUGGGGUACCCAGAGAGAACAUGCAGACUCCACACAGGGAGGCCUGAGCCAACCAGGACCUUACUGUGAGGGGACGGUGCUAACCACGGCACCACCGUGCUGCUAGUUUCUUUUUGAAUAUAUAGAAGAUGUUUGUUUUGUUUUAAUUGGGAUGGUCUUUUAUAUUGAUAUUUGUUUUGUUUAUUUAGCUCAUUUAGUGCAUUUACAUUAAUUUACUGGUAUUUUUAAGUUGUUUAAGAAUCUAGACUUGCUGUGAGAACCUCAGGUUCAAAGAUAGGUAGGCAGGUAUAAGCGUACAAUUUUCAUUUGUU